GUAGCGGUACCUACUAUCUCUAUCCACUAGUGUACAAUUCGUGACGUUCGUUAUCAGUUGGUACACUACUUACCUACCUCCAAGUAUACGCCUUGUCUGAGCUCGAAUACUUCGGGCCAGUUUCAGAUCAACUCAGUCGCGACAACUUCUCUCUCGACCAAACCAUCACACGACAGCUCCGAUAAAGACCCGAGAGAGAUUUCCGAUUCGCAAUCUGCGUCCGUGACACUCGACGGCCACCCCGCGCCAUUAGUAGCAACCAUGAGCGCGACUCCCGCUGUUCUCAGAGCUUCAGCCUGCUCAGCCUGCAGGUUCUCGGCUUUGCGGCUCUUCGUCAGCAGCUUCGCGAGUCCCAGAGCUCCUCUUCCAGUAGCUCGGACCCGGGUUCUAUCCCCAACCGCCCCGUACUCAACCUUUCGACCCUCCCCUCGACUACUGGCCAGCCCGUCUAGCGAAGAACACGCAGAGCCUGCCGCUCAAGAGCAACCGAACAAGACCGAGGAUGCCCAAGCAGAGGCCAGCACAGAGGCGAACAAUGAAGGCGGCGCUGACGUGCCCUGGUAUCUCCAAGUCGACGCUCCCACACACCCCACCCUUGUACACGAGCCGCCGCCGCUGCCAGACAUCCCCGAAGGCUCUCCCAAGCUGAUGGAGCCCUUGGUCAAGUUUGUGUCCGAUGAGCUGGGCAUGGACGACCUCAAGCUUCUCGAUCUCCGCGAAAUCGACCCGCCACCUGCUCUGGGGCCCGAAGUGCUGAUGCUCUUUGGCACUGCCCGCAGUGAGCGUCACUUGCACGUCUCUGCCGACCGCCUGGUACGCUGGCUGCGCAACCGUGGAGUCACGGCCAAGGCUGAUGGCUUGCUGGGAAGGAAUGAGUUGAAGACCAAGCUGAGGCGCAAGGCUCGCAAGGCGAAGCUUCUCGGUACCACGGGCCUUCCGAGCGGUGCUGACGACGGCAUCACCACCGGCUGGAUUUGCGUCAACCUUGGCACUCUUGGAUGGUCGGACAUGGAAAUGGAGUUCAAGGACGAAAAGGGCGUGACGAGCGGCUUUGGUGUGCCCCAAAGCGGGACCACACUUGUUGUGCAGUUGAUGACGGAGACGCGGAGGGAGGAGUUGGCUCUGGAAAAGCUUUGGAGCGGUAUCUUGCGGCGCAGUCUAGAGAGGCAGGACAAGAUCGCAGGGAAGCUUCCUGAGGCCUCUUUCACCACUUCACCCGACACUGUAUCGGGACAAAGUUUCUCCCCGUCACCCAUUCGUUCAAGUGGACGGAACCGAAAGCGACCUGAUCGCUUGUACUUUUCUACUUCGGCGCGACAGCACGCAGCGGCCGUUGACGUUUCCCAAACUGACCUAGCUACAGCAAUGGCUGGAUGGGAGUACAGCAACGCUAGUCCGUCUACCAUUGACAACCUUUUGGCCCAGGAUACCGAUUCCAAGGUUCAGCUUUUAAUCCAGAUGCAGGAAUACCUCUCCAGCCUUCCCAGGGACCAGGCCCUUUCAGCAGUAUCCCUUUGCGAAGACGGCUCCCCCAGCACCUUUAUGCGCCUGUUCAACCGUGCCAUCGAGAAUUUGCCCUCCGCCCAGGCGUGGGAGGCCCGCCUUUGGGUCGAAAAGGCUGCACGUGCCCUUCAGCACCCCGAUCACGAUCUUGCCCGCCUAGGCGACCUCAUCCAGGAAAUGAAGCUCUCGGGAGCAGCCAAUGUUUCGCGCGAAAAGCUUCCCUUUCAAUGGAUGUAAUCGACAUGCUGUUUUCCCGCGGCGAAAAAGUGAUCGAGUAUGACGUGGUUGUGGCCGUGAUCGAAUCCCUCCUGCAGACCCGCGCCCGCCCACCCGAGGCGCGACGACUUCUCUCUCAGUUUGAGGACUUACUUAGUGAGGCCCAGAUGGAUUGUCCGACUGAAGACGAGAUUAUCAGGUUGCUCGACGUGUAUGCCAACCACCGCGCCUGGGAUAAGUUCUGGAACGUCUGGCGCGUCUUCCCCAGGCAUUGCGAGCGCAGGACCGAGCGCAUGUACACCAAGGUUUACGAGCGCAUUGCAGCGGAGGAUCACCAGGGGAUGGCCACUGAUGCUCUGAGAUGGUGCGUGGAGGAAAUGUGGCAUGAACAACCGCCUGUGCGGGUUACGGCAGCUAUGCUCAAGGCGCUUGAGGCAUGCAUUCGCAUUGCCGACCCGGAGGCGGAGUCAUUGGCCAAGGACAUUGAUGACAGGAUCUCAGACGCACAGUAUAUGGAUCGCGAGUUUGUCAGACUGUGGCUAACUUUACACGGGUCCGCUGCCUGGGGCGCAUAAACAGAGGAGAUGAAUGUACGAUAGCAUGUGGAUGUAAGCCUUAUAUGUAUUAUUAGUAUGGCCCAGUUUCUCCUUGCACAACAUUAUCAGCCCAUCUUAUCUGGCUGCCACGGG